UAAUAUUUUCUGCAUUUUCAGUUGGAUGCAGUAUGCUUCAUUUCACUAAAUAUUCCUUGCAGCCACUUAUAAGCCAUCCAGAAAAGGGGAGGAGGAGCUAAGACAAAUAUUUUUUUCCACUGUCUCAAAGACCAGUCUUAACAACAACAAUAGUGAGGUGAUUACUGUUCUUUAUGGGGUAUCUGAUUGAUCACAUCCAGAAGCAAAGUGUGGAAUAAAAGUUUUGUCUGACAAGAUGUGCAGUGGAAAAGGUAAACCUUUGGUACUUAUUGGAUUUAUCCUCAUCAGUCUUGAAAUGAUUGUUUCAGCUAACACAGGUUUCUCUAUAUCCAUAUAUAAUGUGACAUCAAGAAACAUUUAUCUCAGAUGGUCCAAGUUUUCAGGAGCCUUUUCCUACAGAAUCAUAGCAACCCCCAGGAACACAGUAGGCCACUCUUUGUUGGCACGUUUCAGUGAUGUUCCUGUUAUAGGCAUUCUUACUUCACUAACUCCCAACACUGUCCAUACUGUAAAAGUGGAAGCCAUUGAUAAGAAUGGAAUUAUCCUGGCGGAAGCACAGACUAAGCAGUUAACAGCUCCUGAGAUACCUGUUAUUGACCAAGCUUAUUCAAAACUGAGCAACAGAAUCACAGUGGAAUGGGCAGCUGUUCCUGGGGCUACCAGUUGUCUACUGACUGCACAGGAUGGAGAUUCUUCCAUUGAAACUAUAGUCAUAAAUUCACCAGGCACAGUGACAGGAUUGAAGGCUGCUACACUGUACAAAAUCACCAUCAGAUCUAUAAACUCUGGAGGAAGAAGCCUACCUUCACCUUCAAAGACAGCAAAGACAGUCUUGGCUGCUCCGGUCCUGUCUGUAAGUUCUCCAAGUUACGACUCCAUAGUAGUGAGCUGGGGAGCUGUAUACAUGGCAGUUGGAUUUUCUGUGUCCAUCAUGAGAUCAGAUGGUUUAGGCAGUAUGCUGAAAGAGAACACCACCCAUACUUCCUUGGUAUUUACCAGUCUAGAUCCUGGAACUCUCUAUACCAUCAAGGCACAUGCCUGGAAUGUUAAUGGAAUACCUGGAGAUGAUUUCAUGUACAACCAAAUAACAAGUCCUCAUGCACCAUCAGAUGUUCAAGUUGCUUUUGAUAGUGGAACUUUGAGGGCCACUGUUUCUUGGAUACCGACAGAGGGAACUUUAAAUUACAGUGUGACAGCCAGCAGUGGAGCCUCCAAACUGAACUGUAGCACAUCUUCCACUUCCUGCCCUUUGUCUUCACUCCAGUGUGGAUCUGAGUACUCUGUUUAUGUUGUAGCCAAUAACGGUGCUGGAUCCAGUAAACCUACAGAUGCAGUGAAUUUAAAAACUGUUCCUUGUGUACCAAGAAGUAUAACAAUAGAAGAGGACAACCCUGGUAAAUUGUCAGUGUCAUGGUCUAAUGUAGAUCUUGGAGAUUAUUAUGUGGUUUUUGUGAAAAGCGAUGACGGCUUGGAAGUGCACUGCAACACAUCCCAUACCCAAUGCCACUUCCAAUCAGAUUGUGGUUUCACCUACUUCAUUGGUGUCUUCGCAUACAACAAGGCAGGACAGAGUCCUUUAGGGGAUAUAUUCAAUUAUACGACUUCACCUUGUUGCCCCAGUGACUUUUACCCAGUGUUUGUGUCCAGUGAUACAGUUGAAAUUGUCUGGUCUCCUGUCCGUGGUGCUGAAAUGUAUGAAACAAAAGCUGUUGAUGGGGCUGGUAUCGUAUUGUGUCAUGACACUGCCACAAUUUGCAUCCUGUCUGCAUUGCAGUGUAACACCCAGUAUAACAUCACUGUGUAUUCUUACAGUGAAAUCAGGGGCACCAAUACAUCAUGUGUAUCUAAAUAUGUGGCAACAGCUCCAUGCAGUCCUGAAAUAAAAAACAUCUCACAGGAUGAUCUUUCCAUAAUUAGUGUGCACUGGCAGGCCAAUAAUGAUGAUGCUAUGUACACUGUUACUGCUAGAGGAGAGGCUGGAUUGUGGCAUUGCACAAGUUCUGGAAAUUCCUGUAACAUAACUGGUCUUCCCUGUGGAUCAGUUUUCUCUAUUAGUGCCGUGGCAAUUACAACAGCAGGGCAGAGCUUACCUAGUUACAGUGUUCCUUUAGAGACAGCUCCUUGUUGCCCUAAUGAUCUGACAGUAACUCAAGUGAUGCAGUCUAUAACAAAUAUCAGCUGGUCUGUUGGGGCUGGUGCAAAGAUAUACAUAACAAUACUGGAAUCACCGAAAGGAAGAGCCAAGUGCCACACUCUCCAAAACCACUGUCUCCUGGGAUGCAUUACAUGUGGCACUAACUAUACAGUGUCUCUGAAAGUGAUUACUGAAACUGGUUUGGCCUCAUACUGCACAUAUCAAGACUAUUCUUCCAGUGCUUGCUGUCCUUCUGGGGUGAAAUUAUAUAGACUGGGCAAUAAUGGUAUCCGAAUAUGCUGGCAAGCUUCUGCAGGGUUGAUAAGUACAGAUCUAUAUGGAUCAAAAGGCAAUUUCACCUGUACCCCUACUUCAGGUUUGAGUUAUUGUGAUGUCACCGAGAUACCUUGUGGGGAUGUCUAUACAGUGGUAGUUUCUCCAGUUCCUGAGAAAGGAUCAAAGCUUACAUUUUGCCCUAAAAAAAUAUAUUCAGUGACCUGCUCUGGAAGUUCUGUUGGAAUGGGUACGAGAAUGCUGUCAGUAUUUCACCGUUAAUGAAUAUGGUGGUUCUAGUGAGAGAUGUUUCUCUUAGAAUGAA